AAUGGAGGGGAAAGAAGUCAACUUUCAUACUACACCGGCUUCGGCGGGAGAAGAAAAGCAAUUCUGAUUUAUCAAUAUGCAGUCCUCAAAGAAUAAAAAUCUAGACUAUUCAGAAGCAUUCUAUAAACCUUCAUUAGCUGUCCAGAAGACUAGUGCUGAGAUCAUAAGUGAAGCACGAAGUACACUAAGGACUUUAAGAACUCAGAGACCAUUUACACCAAGAGAUGAGCGAAGGAAACUUUUUGGUUCCACCUCUUCAAGAACACCUGAAAAUAGGCCACCUUCUGCUUUUAGUCUCCACUCUUCAAGCUUUGAGUCAGUUGAGUCAAGACCUGUCUCUUGUGCACGCCUCAGCCCGCUGGACUAUAAGCCAAAAUUGCUGUCAUCAGCCUCAAAUGAUGAAGAGCAUUGUGUUUCUCCACCUUUGCCACCAGUGGAUUCAGAGGCGAUCAGAAAAGUCAGCAAUGCUCGUGCGAGGUUGUUUAGAACUGCUUCCUGUGGAAAUCUACUUCCUGAUAAACUAUUUCUUCCCAAUGACAGUAAGAGGCUGAGUUUUGAAGAACAAGUUAUUUCAAGGAGUGAUCAUGAAAGUUUUUCACAAAAGCUGCCUAUCCAGUUGAGUGUUAGAGAUGCAUGUCUUCCACUAACUUAUACAGACCAUCAUAAUAAGAUAGUAGGAGAAGUGUUUCCGCAAAUGACAGGCAAACCAUUUCCGGCACAACUGAACAGGCAAAGUGACCAGUUUAAUAGACAGGAGUCUCCUUUAUCAUAUCCAGACUAUAUUGAAAGGACUAAAUCUGCAACUAAAUCAGAAAAUACUUUGGGAACAAAUGAAAUGGAAGAAGAAGAAAACUACUGGAAAAUAAAAGUUUUGCCAAUUUUACAUGAAUUAGAGAUUGAAAACAAUGUAGAAAGCCUUUGCAAUGCCUGUGCUACUCUCUAUCAAGCCUUAGAAGAAGGAAAUAUGCUCAGCAAGCGAUUCAAGAGGCGAACUUUACUGUUGAAGGUGUUAUAUAAACUAGUUGAUGUUGCUUCAGAUCCUCUUGGCUUGAAAUUAGCAAAAAUCAUUCUGGGUCUGAAAGUGAGUGGGAAGAAUCUGCUUAAUGUUUGCAAACUAGUAUUUAAAAUCAGCAGAAAUGAAAAAAAUGAUUCCCUUAUUCAGAAUGACCAAAUACUGGACUCUCUGCUGGAGAUUCUGAGAACUGAAGAUUUGCAAACAAAUACUGAAGCUUUUCUCUAUUGUACUGGUGCUAUAAAAUUUAUUUCUGGCAAUGCAAGGCUCAUUAAUGAAAUGGUCAACAAGGGAGCUAUUGAAGUCCUGCUGCAAGUAAUGAAACUGAUUAAUGAAAUUAAUGAAGAUGAUGCUCGAUUUUCCAGUUCAGGACAUCUCUUGGUCCAGCUCACUGCCACUUUACGAAACUUGGUAGACUUACCUCAGUCAAGGUGCAAAUUCCUAGAGUAUGGAGCAAUUCCAGAGAUCUGUCUGAUGUUGGAGAAACGUAUGGGUGACAAAGAUAUAUGUACCAAUGUGGCCAGAAUAUUCAGCAAACUUUCUUCCUUCAAUGACUGCUGUGCAGCUUUGGCAGAUUGCUCCAGAAGUUAUGCCUUAUUUUUAGCCCUGCUAAACAAAUACCCAACGAAGCAGGAUUUAGUUAUCCGUAUCAUUUUCAUUCUUGGCAAUUUAACAGCAAAGAACAAUCGGGCCCGGGAACAAUUUUUUGAGGUGCAAGGAAGCAUUAAUACACUGAUAGUACUUUUCCAAACUCACUGUGAAACCGAUCCUAAUGGUAAACUGUGGAAAGAUGAUGGCGAAAUGAAAAAUCUCAGACAUCCUUCUGAAGCAGAAGACAUUCUCAUCAAGCUGAUAAGAGUGAUUGCCAAUCUGUCCAUUCAUCCAAAUGUAGGUGCAUGUUUGGCAACUAACCAUCACAUUGUGGCAUUACUUAUUACAGUACUUGAGUGCAAGUCUGUUGAGGAAUGUGAGGAACUGGUUAUUAAUUCCACUGCAACAAUCAACAAUUUAUCCUUUUAUCAAGUGAAAAAUUCUGUAAUCCAAGAGAAGAAAUUACAUAUUGCAGAAUUGCUUUUAAAGCUGUUAAUGAGCAGUCAUAUGGAUGGCAUUCUGGAGGCUAUUCGGGUCUUUGGUAAUCUUUCUCAAAACCAUGAAAUCUGUGAUUUUAUUAUACAGCGAAAAGUGUACAAGUUCAUGAUUGCUUUGCUUGAUGCCAAACACCAAGAUGUCUGCUUUUCAGCCUGUGGAGUUCUCCUCAACCUUACUGUGGAUAAAAGCAGGCGUAGUAUUUUGAAUGAAGAAGGAGGAAUUAAAAAAUUAAUCGAUUGUUUGAGAGAUUUUGGACCCACGGACUGGCAGCUGGCUUGUUUGAUAUGUAAAACUUUGUGGAACUACAGUGAAAAUGUUACAAGUAAUGAAGCAUGCUUUGAAGAUGAUGAUUCAAACAGUCUACUAGUUCUUCUUAUGUCAUUUUUAGAUGAAGAAUUGGCACUGGCGUACAGUUUUGACAGUGACUUAAGAGAGUAUCACAAACUUUACUGGGAAACAGAAUUCAAACCUGUGGGACAGAAACUUCUCCAGAGAAUUCAGACUUGAAAAUCAUUACUUGAGCUCCUAAUACUUCAUACAGUCAAUCAGUACACAAAGCACUUCUGCAGCUGUUUUUGCAAAUUGGCAUCAAAACAUUUCAGUAUGUUGUUUCCAUGAGAAAUGCCUUUUAGGUUUUUUUAUUUUUCUAUAUAGCACGUACAUUCAUUGUAGAAUAUAUUUUCUUAAAUUUCCAGUGGCAUUUAGGAAAUAUGAAAAUAAACUAAUUACAUCUGAAUUGAGUAUCUUUUUGACUUAACUUUAUAAUAAUUUUAUGGUUUAUAGUUAAGGUUUUAUAAAAGAUUGCAAGAAUUAGUACCAUGGUUAUCAAGAUAUCCAGGAAAGACGAAAAUGGGUCUUGCAUGAGCAAUGGGUCCUUUUGACUUCAUUGAGUUUGAUUCAAAGGAUACUGCUGAGGGGACAGUUGCGUGGUAUCAGGGCCAUUCAUUUAUGGAGGGUCCACAAGAAUCUGGCCAGUCAUCUGUGUAUAUGAAAGUUAUAAGAAACUAUCUGGAACUUUGGAGCAUGGUACUGCUAGUAUGCUAAUGAGACUUACUUUUAGUAGCUCUUAUUAUCUAAUUUCAUUAAAGCACUCAGUAGUUUAAUGCACUGGAUGAGGUUGAAUAAGCAGAAAUUGAAUCCAGACAAGAUGGAAGUAAUGUUAGUCAGUAGAAAGCCUAGCUCAGGACUUGGGAUCCAGUCUGUUUUGUAGAAGAUUAUACUGUCCUUGAUAAAUUAGAUUUGUAAUUUGAGAGUACACCUUGAUUAUAUUCUGUUUCUAAAUGUUCAGGUAUGGUGGUUUGUACAACUGUUUAGUGUCCAGCAAUUACCAUUCCUGAUUCUGAUUUCAUUUGUCAGUCAUCCAUACAGUGUGGCUGUGGAGGGCUAUUCUUGAAGAGCAGCUGGAAGGUAGGUUGGUAACUAGUAUAUAUUGGUUAGUUAAAGAUUGGCUCAUUUUUAAUUCAUUUUUUUCUAAAAUAAAGACAGGGCCCUUUUCAGACUUUAAAUAUUUUGUGGCUUUGCUAUUUGAGGAAUGGCCUGUCUUCUUGUGGAUUUCCCUAUAAGAGAGGCAUCCUUGUUCACAGAGGUUUGCUCGUCUUUCUCUUAUAUUAAAAUGCUUUUAUUGCAGAACGAUAUUUCUUGAUGAGAGUGGGAAUUCUUUUUAAUAUUGCAAGUUUUGAUUAUGCGCCAUCAAGUCAAUAUCACCUCUUAGC